AGUGGGUCUUUGUGGGCCUGGUGAUCCUGGGGGCAUUCCUGUUCUUCCUCCUGGUGGGGAUCUGCUGGUGCCAGUGCUGCCCACACAGCUGCUGCUGUUACGUCCGCUGCCCCUGCUGUCCCGAGUCCUGCUGCUGUCCCCGGGCCUUGUAUGUAGCAGGCAAAGCAGCAAAAGCUGGGUACCCUCCUCCAGUCUCUUCCAUGCCAGGUGCAUACUACAUCCCCAGUGUUCCUGUGACUGGUGUCCCGUCGCCUGCUGUGCUGAUGGAUAAGUCCCACCCUCCUCCCUUAGCCCCAGGUGACACCAGUGGAGGAAGCCAAAAUGCAGUGUGCAAGGGGUACAGGAUCCAGGCUGACAAGGAAAGGGACUCCAUGAAGGUGCUUUACUAUGUGGAGAAAGAACUGGCUCAGUUUGACCCAGCUAGGAGAACGAUGCGAGAACGAUAUAACAACACCAUCUCUGAACUCAGCUCUUUGCAUGAAGAGGACCUGAACUUCCGUCAGCCCUACCGUCAGUCACGAAGGAAACCUCUGCCUCCUGCUGGGGACCUGGAUGGCGAUGCUGAAUACUGGGCUGGAGUGAUGGGUGGGGGUAGCACAUCCAGAUCACAGGCUGUCUCUGAUUACAGAGAUGAGCGGGACACUUUCUGGCACAGCCAGCAGAGAUCCAAGUCUGAGAUGUUGUCCCGUAAGAGUUUCUCUGUGGGAGUGCCGGCUGUCUCCAUGGAUGAGCUGGCAGCCUUUGCAGAGUCGUACAGCCAGCGGAUGCGGCGAGCAGACAGCCAGGAAACACGACGCUUCGAGCGCUCAGAGUCGCAUGGCAGCCGCAGCGGAGGGCUGCCCCACCAGGAUGGCUCCAUUGAAGAAUACUACACCAAGCGCAGCAGAGGGAACCGGGAGCCGCUGACAGACUCGGAUCAGGGCUGGUCAUACAGCCCACCCCGGAGACGUGCCCAUGAGGAGAAGCACCUGCGGCUGGUGAGCCGAACGCCUGGAGGGAGCCAGAAAUACGAUCACUCCUACCUCAGCAGCGUGUUGAGGAAAUCUCGGAGCUAUGAUGAGAGCGGUGACCAUAGUGAAACUCCCUCGAAGCUGAGCUUGCAGCCCAGCCAGAGAGGAGGGGGAACAUACUAUGCCUGGUCACCACCUUCUACCUACAAAGCCGAGAAAUCACAGCAGCAGUCACAGCAGCCGCCAUCAUCGCCUGAGCAGGAGGAUGAAGAGGACACCCUGCCCCCAUACAGUGAGAGGGAGCUGAGCCGAGGCCCUUCAUGUAGGGCCAGGGAGCAGGCCUACCUCAACGCCUCUGACAAGAAGAGGAAAAAGGACCCCAAGAAAACAAACGAUUUCCCAACAAGGAUGUCCCUUGUGGUUUGAAGUUGUUGUGGACAUGUCAUGUUGAUGGGCUGGAUACUAUGAGGUGACUGCAAUGGAAAAGAGAGAGAGCAACAAGCAAGACAAACCUCCCGUGAAUCUGUGCAGCCAUUGGCCAUGGACUCUGUUUCUACUGUUUAUCUCAUCAGGGAAGUAGAGGCUUUCACAAGAGACAGACUCCCAUGAACAGUACUCGGUCUCAGAGGCUCUGUGAGUCUGCCAGGGAUAUGAGGCCAGGGCUGUCUUUGGCACCAGGUUUUCCAGUGCGCUCCAUUUUGUGCUGGAAGGUAGCUGCAUCCCCACUGUCCCUGCAGCCCUAACUACAAGUGAGGCUGCCUGCGUGCCUCCUGCCCUGUCCUGUGUGCAGAGAGAAGCCUUUGCGCUUAGCUCUUGCUCUCUCUGUCUCCUCAGUUCUCUGUUUGGAUCAAAGUUGUCUCCAUACUUGCAGUUAGAGCCUUUUCUGUAUCAUCCCCAUGCCGGGAGAAAGCUUUGUUCUUAGAACUGCAGGCCGCCUCCAGCUUGUCUAUAUAAUUCCAGACACUAUAGAAAAGGACUGGUGAGAUGUUACUUUGGCAAGGGCUGAACAGAGAGAGAGAGACAAUUAUGGACUGGUUAGUUCAAUAUGUUUAGUUCUGUUCGUUGUGUGACGAAAGGUGCAGGUGAGAUUGAUGUAUUAUUUUGAAAGUGGAUCAAAAUAGCUUUUAU